CCUGUUUCGAAUGUGUUUGAGAGGUCGCCGUAUUUCCAGCAGAUAUUAUUAUUAGGCUAUAAAUGGUCAAGACAUUUGCAGCCGACACUUAACAUUGUGUGUCACUAUGGCGGAAGAAAAAACAAUCUACGAGAUCAGAUUUGAUGCGGCAGUAAAAGUAAUCCAGAGUUUGCCCCGUAAUGGUCCCUUCCAACCGUCAAACGAGACGAUGCUGAAAUUCUACAGUUACUAUAAGCAGGCUAUCCAAGGGCCCUGCACAAUUUCUAGACCUAGCUUCUGGGAUCCUGUGGGCAAAGUUAAAUGGGACGCUUGGAAUUCUCUGGGAGACAUGCCAAAAGAGAAGGCAAUGAUUGCGUAUGUUGAUGAAAUGAAGUUGAUUCUGGAAACCGUCCCAGUGACAGAGCAAGUAAUGGAACUGCUGGACGUUCUAGGACCGUUCUAUGAUGUGGUGGAGAAUAAAUCGGAGGAGAAUAACAGAGCCAGUGGCUUUGGGAAUGCUAUAACACCACCUCCAAAGAAUGGCCCCAAAAACAUUGAAAGGGACGCAAAGGCGAACGGCACCAACAACGUCAGCGAUGCAAGUGUUGAUUCCAAUGGCAGUGAAGAGGAGGAGGAGGAGGAGGAGGAGGAUGAUGAUGAUGAUGAUGAUGAUAGUGAUGAUGAUAAAGAAAUGGAGGAAGAAGAGGAGGCCCUGGCGGCCAGGCUGAAAGCGGAGGACCCGACGGGGAAGUCCGAGGUCCCGCUGUCCAACGGCAGCGUGGAGCACAGCGUGUCGUCUCUGACCAACGGCACGCACAGCUCCCUGAACAGCGACUGCGUAGAGGAGGAGCUGGCCUGCAGCCUGGAGCCCCCGGGGGAGCCCUGCGAAACCAACGGCCCCCUCAGCGAUCUCGGUGAGGAGGUGCCUGGUCUUCUGCAGCUGGGCAGCGAUUCGGACGGGGAGGUGUACUGUGACUCCAUGGAGCAGUUUGGGCUAGAGGAGGGCUCUGUGGUGCUCAUUAACCACUCUCUGGAAACGGGUGAGGUGACCAGAGCAGUGCAGGGGCUUCUGGGAGAGGCCUGUAGGAGGGACGACCCCCAGGGGGGAGACGGCGGCCUCCAGGACGGCGUUGAGCCUGGGGCGGCCGGUGGACCUGUGGCCCUGAGCGCAGCCGAACACAGCACCUCCCUGGUCAGGAGAGGAAGGGGUUCCAGCGUGUCGGGGUCGGGCCCUGGCGUGGGGCCCCCGGUCGGCCUGCUGGGCGGAGGGGGUGAAGGGGAGCGCUGGGGGUCAGAGGGCGGGGCCGAGGGCACCCUGAACGAGCAGAUCGCCAUGGCGCUGGCGCGACUGCAGGAGGACAUGCAGAGUGUGCUGCACAGGCUGCAGACGCUGGAGGCUCUGACCGCAUCGCAGACAAGGUCAUUAUCUUUGCAGCAGAAUUAUGGAUCACUUCCAGUUUCAAAGAAACCGCGCUGGUGGCCUUUCCACGUCCCCCCUGGGGCAGUGGCCUUCGCUGUGGUAUGGCCCUUCGUGGUGCACUGGCUGGUGUGGCUCUACUUCCAGCGACGGAGAAGGAAGCUGAACUGAAAAGCAGGUGUCCCUAGCGUAAAAAAGCCCACGGAUCCAACGCCAGGGUUUGACGUCUCCUGUUCUAACAUGGGCAUUACUGUACUGCACCUCCUCUGCAUUUCUCUACUGUAUCUCUAUGCUUUUGCACUACAACCAUGGCACUACUGCUAGUAAGUUGUACCUUUUCAGCCUCUGCCAGUUACCCAAUGUGGUAUCAAAGAAAAAUUGUGAAUGCAAGGUAAGCUUAUAAUCAUGCAAGCUUAUUUUUAAGACAAUGACUGGUGAAGAUUCUGGUCAUUAACAAUUUUGAGCAGUGGGUAGCAUUUAACCUGUGAAAGCCAGAAGUAGCUCUGUAUGAAUGAGGAGCGUGUGGUGUAAUUGUAGUAAACCACGGUGCAUCUCCUAGAUUUAAAUUCCACCUUUUUCUUUGUUUCAAGUAUGCAAUUACCAGUGCCCUACUCUAUUAUGCUAUUUCCUCCUGCAAUGACAACCAUCCACAAUCCCCUUUUGAGUUACCCUCAUAUUGCAGCUUACUUUAUCAUGAUCUGCAGAAUGUAAUUAAUGUGUUCAUUUAAUAAAUUGUUACUUAUUAUUAUGGCACAGUUAGGGGUUACUGGUAAACCAGACUAAACCAUAAACUGAAAAACAGCUUGGCUGUCUUUGAACAGGGUGUACUUAAAUUCAGAGGGAGGCUUGAACAUAAAUCUGUGGUACUCUGAGGAUGAAAACAAAGCUGGAGGUUAGACAUAAAAUGGCAGCAGAAUUCAGUAUAAACACGCACUCUUGCUCUGAGGUAAAUAUACUUGUACUUUUGGGCAUUAAGUAACACAUUUAUUUUAUGUUUUAUUAUUUCAGAGACUUAAAAAUGAAUGCUUGCUUCAAUUUGCUAUAUACUUGGUUGUACAUUUUGUUUGGUUAAAUCUCAUAAAACUGAAGCAAGGAAGCCUUGUAGUGAGUCAGCCAUAUGCCAGCAUUUCCAUAUGUCGGCUUGGAUAACCACUGCAAGGUCAACGACAAGGGUACUUAUUUUCAUUUGUGGUGGUAAUUUUGCAAGUCUGACUGCCAGAAUAAUUAUAUAUUUCCUUGAGAGAAAUUUAAGAAUAAAUAAAUGUUAAUUACUUUCUUAUCUGAAACAAUUUGUAUGUCAGGAUGUUUCCCUUUGUGAGAAGACAGAAUGAAUUCAUUUCUCAGUGUCAGACAAAGUAGGAAGGAAAGAGACAGACUCUUUCAACUUGAAACAGUCAGUCAGUAGGAACAGUUAGGGAGCCCUUAUAAUUUCUUGAAUCCUGUUUAUCCUUUAUAAUGCUCCCAUUUGUAAUUUACUCUAUCCUGUGAUUGCUUGAGUGAAUGGGCAGAAAAUUUUGCAUUUCUCUCUUGUGCCUUGUUCCAGUACAGUAAGGAGAGAGAGCUUGAGACAUGUUUGGGGGGUUCCCUCUAUAGCUGCUAAAUUGUUUUAUGAAGAGGCUUGUGCUGUGUGCUGGCUUGUAAUGUAAUUCUGUUCAAAAUAUUCAUGGACGACUGACUCAAACGUAUGCAGAUUAAUCAGUUCUGAGAGUUCUCCUGAAGUCAGUUCACUCUCGUUUUGUGAGUGGAAAUCUUUUAUGGGCUUACACGGAACCACACUCCCCUUUAGAAGCCCCAUACCAAGUCCUGAGAGUAACCUGUCUCGGCCUGUCUCGGCACAUGUCCGUGGACAGUGUGUCCUUAAACUACACCAGUGGGCAUAAUCCAUAGUCAGAGAUUAGAAACAAGGGUGGACUGAAUAAAGGCUGUAACCAAACCGUCAUUUAAAAAUAAAAGUCAGGGUCUGUGUCAAAGAUGUUGUAAAAUGGAUUAUGCUCAUGUUUACCUAAAUCACAAGUCACAUGUCUGCUUAUUCAGCUGAAGAACCAGUUCUAGUUCUGGGCACUAAAAUAUGGAAAUUCUCCAACAAUAUACAGGUGCAUCUCAAAAAAUUAGAAUAUCGUGGGAAAGGUUAAUUUUUUUCUGUAAUUUC